AUGAUCAUUUGGUGGAUCAACUGCAUAUCAGAUAAUGGAUCUGCCGGGUUCAAAGAGGGUGACGGGGAGAGAGCUGACGGAGAUUUCUCAUUAGCGACACUAUCUGCAAAUUGGCGAGGAGGAUGCCCUGCGGUAGCUUCUUCUUCUAUUCCUUAUCCUUCUUCGUCUUCGUCGUCUUCUUCUUCUACUUCUUCUUCUGCCGUGUUGUGUAGUGACUCAAGCCCGACAGCAUCCUCCUCCUCGUCGUCCUCAAUACCCCGGACCGGCAUCUACGUGCAGGAGCAAGAUCCUGCUGGUAGGGGGGAAGGGGUUGAUGAUGAUGAUGAUAAUGAUGAUGAUGAUGAUGGCGUCAAAAAGAGAAGGAGGGGGAGGGGUGGGGGUGGCGAUAAUGAUGGGAGUCAUGAUGAUUCUUCCCUUUAG